UGGUAAUUCCAAAAUCGAUAAGGGGCCUCGGCAGCAGUCUUCGCUUCUUUGGCUGCAUUUGCAGUCGAAAAAAGAAACUUUUACACAUAGAAAAGCCAAGAUCGAAGUUUGAUAACCCAGUGAAGAGCCACCUCAGCCCAGCACAUCCCUUCACCAUGUCUCUGUAUGACGGGCUGGGUCUGGACUCAGGAGCCAAGGAUGACACCAAGAAAACAAGUGCAGAUGUUUCUGGCUGGUCAUCAUCAAUUAAGUUACUUCAGUCCCAACUGGCCCUGAAGAAAGCUGCUCUCACCCAGGCUCAGAGGCAAAAGGCCAGGACUGCUACAGUAGCGCCUGUGGUGGCCCUGGGCAGUGCUAAAGUGAAGGAGGAGCUAGCGGAGGCAGCCGGCAGCAGCAGCAGCAGUGGCAAACAGUCUGUAGUACGGGACAUGCCUCCCCCUCCCACCCUCUCCUUCAACAGACCUGCACAGCAUCCCAGAGUGAGCAAAAACCUGUUUCUGCCUAUCAUUCAGGACCCCAGUCAGAUGCCGGCAUCCAUUCCCGGAGAGGAGGCGCUGAUUAACGUGAUUGACGAGUACGACCCGCUCUUCCCCAAUGACUACGAGAAGGUCGCCAAGGAGUUCCGGGAGAAACAGGCGCGCGAGAGAGACCAGGAGCGAGAGAGGGACGUGGACGAGAGAGACAGGAGGCGGAGAGACAGAGAUCGGGACAGAGAGAGGGAUCGGGACCAUGAGCGGGACAGAGACAGAGAGCGGGAUAGAGAUCGGGACAGAAGAGACCGCUAUGGCGAUGAUGACUUUGACCGGGACCGCGGACGUCGUGGUGGAUUCCCGGGCUACCGCGACCGUGAUGAUGAUGAUGACCGGGACAGACGAAGAUCUGGUAGUGGUGGCAUGGUUCCACCUCCAGGGUUUGCCCCACCACCAAACAAUGAUGAAGAGCCAAAGACUUUCAACAGAAAAUCCAGAGGAGCUGGAUACGGUGGUGCUGCCAUCGCCCCCCCUCCCAGUUUAGAUGACGAGGAUGUUUACAGCAGGAAGCCCAGUCGUGGAGGCGGCUUUGUAGCAGCCUCUGGAUCCAGCGAUGACCCUCCUGAAGAGAGGAAACCCAGAUCACGUCGCUCAGGAUCAGGCUUCCCCCCUCCCCCCAACCUGGAUGAUGACAGCGACUAUAGCAGAAAACCCAGAUCAACUCCCUUCGGCGGUGCAGCGAUCGCCCCUCCCCCCAGCCUUCAGGAUGAUGAGCCACCAUUUGAAAGAAAACCGCGAUCAAGUAAUUAUGGAGGAGCUGCUAUUGCCCCGCCUUCAAACCUAGAUACACCUGAAAGAGAUUCAGGAGAGGACCUGCGUAUCUCCGGGGAGGAGGCCUUCGCACGGCGGGCCAAGCUCAGCAUGCAGUCCAAACGGCGGGACGAGGAGGAACGGGAUCCGGAGAGAUCCACGACACCACCACCUGGCAGCAGCUUCGCAGCGACCAUCGGUGGCUCUGGUGGUUUGGCGGCAAGUCGUAUCAUGGCAAAGUAUGGCUACCGGGAGGGUCAGGGACUGGGCAAGUCUGAACAGGGCAUCAGUACAGCCUUACAAGUGGAGAAAACCAGCAAGAGGGGAGGAAAGAUCAUCCAAGGGACACUGGAGCCUAAAGUUGUUAAACCUGAGCUGGACUCCAUCACAGAAAUCAUGAAGAACCCGACGAAGGUGGUUGUGUUACGGAACAUGGUAGGUCCCGGAGAGGUUGACGAGGACCUUGAACCUGAAACAGCUGAGGAGUGUGCCAAAUAUGGUAAAGUCAACAAGGUCGUCAUCUUUGAGAUGCCAGGAAGACCAGAGGAUGAGGCUGUCAGAAUAUUUGUAGAGUUUGAAAGAUUAGAAGCAGCCAUUAAAGCUGUGGUAGAUCUUAACGGCCGUUACUUUGGUGGACGGUUGGUGAAGGGGGCCUUCUACAGUCUGGACAAGUUCCGGACACUGCAGCUGGCAGAUGAGCUGUGAAAUGAAUAAUAUGUGUACUGUUUAAAUGUGGGGUGUUGUAGUACAGUAAUACAGUUCAGAUCUCGAUUAACUUCCGAUCUGCAUACACGAUAAAAUGCGAAUCACGAUAAAAAAAUUGUGCAAAAUGCGAUACCGUGCAUUGCAAAAGCUGUGCACUUUUCAUUUAAAUAACUUUCAUUUCUCGUCACGUGUAUAACAUUUAGAUGUUCAUUUGACCGUGUGUGGUUAUGCAUUAUAGAUAGCCACAGGCAAUUGUGCAUGCAGUUUACACAGCUUUUACAGAAGUUUUAACUACAUGGUAUAAGACUUUUUCAAGGCUGUCAAUCGCAAUGCGUGCGACCUUUGCACGACAAAUAAACAAGACUAAUCUGUGCGUAAAAUGCAUGGGAAGGGAAGUUAACUGAUAUCUGUACUGUAUGUGACAUGGCAGGCUGUACAAAGUUGACUGUGGGAAAACUGCAUGUGCUGUACAGGGUUGUUCUGUUGAGUCUUACUUUUAAGUAAAACAUGUACAUGCUAAAGUAAAGCAUGACGCCUUUUGUGCCCCGACGUCCUGUGUAGAACUGUCAGAGCUGUGAUCUUCAUAUUGCCAGUCGUCCCUCAAUCCUAUCUCUACUGGUUUCUUCCAAAACAGAAGUAGAAAUGGUUAAGUAGCUUAAAACAGCUGUGACAUCUGAGAACCAACCCAUAAUCAGUGUUUAGCCUGUGUAUUCAACAUCUGGUAAGAAUUGGCAUUCAAAUUCCAAAGACACGAAACACAUCCACUAAAUGGUCAUUUGUGAAUGUUUGAAUUUUAUCACUUAUAAGCGGGGAUGCAUAGGCAAACCUACAUACAUGUACAUGCUAUAGGUGUAAGAAUCUCUUAACAUCGUGGGCAUCCCAUGAAUCAUCUAUAUGUCAUAAAAAGAGUACAAAAACCUGUGCUGUAUUUACUGAUUUAUGUAUGUUACUGAGCAAAGUUGAUGGAUUAGCUCUGGCUAAGGACAUUCUGUGUAUAAUGCCCUUGCUCUGGUUAAGUGGAAUAAUUGAAAAUUAAA